AUGCAGGCUCUGAGCUCCAGGGCUCACGCCUUCUCGGUGGAGGCGCUGGUCGGUAAGCCCCGCAAGAGGACUAAAGUGGCGGACGGGCAGGACGCAAGUUCGGGGGGAGACACCGGCAGCGAUUCCAGCACAUUCACCAGCUCGACACCCAAGAGGCCGGAGGACAGUGCGUCCGACCCGGGGAGAGAAGCGGUCAGAGCGGCGGCGGCUGGAGGGAAGGCGGAGGCGGGGAGGCCGGGGGAGAGCGACUGCUGUCCGGCCGGAGAGGUCCGGGUGGAUCUGCAGGGCACCGAGCUGUGGAACAGGUUCUACGAGAUCGGCACCGAGAUGAUCAUUACCAAAGCUGGCAGGAGAAUGUUCCCAUCGGUACGUGUAAAAGUGCGCAAUUUGGACCCCUGUCAGCAAUACUACAUUGCAAUGGACGUCAUGCCCGUGGACUCCAAACGCUACAGGUAUGUGUAUCACAGUUCGCAGUGGAUGGUGGCCGGAAACACGGAUCAUUCGUGCAUUUCCCCUCGGCUCUAUGUGCACCCGGACUCGCCGUGUGCAGGGGAGACCUGGAUGCGUCAGGUUAUCAGCUUCGAUCGAGUCAAGCUCACCAACAACGAGAUGGACGAUAAAGGGCAUAUCAUUCUGCAGUCCAUGCACAAAUAUAAACCACGCGUACACGUCAUCCGGAAUGACCCCCGGAUGGACCUAUCACAGAUCCAGUCACUUCCUGCUGAGGGAGUCCACAGCUUCUCCUUCCCGGAAACAGAGUUCACCACCGUCACAGCCUAUCAGAAUCAACAGAUCACGAAACUGAAGAUCGACAGGAACCCAUUCGCCAAGGGCUUCAGAGACCCAGGGAGGAAUAGAGGGGUGCUGGAUGGCUUGUUGGAGUCCUAUCCCUGGAGAGGUCCGCUUAACGUGGACUUCAAGCCAUUUACACUUCAACUCCCAGGGAGCGCACAAUCACCAACAAGCACUGCUUCUCCUCUGAAGAGUCUGCUCCCUCUCUCUUCUCCUUUGUCUCCUCACCCGUUCUCCCUCCCAGCACUGUCCUGCCAUGAUGCCACUUUGCACACACUCAGCCUCCCCAUUUAUGGAAAGGCCUCCCCCAGCACCUCCCCCAUGGUGAGCAGGAACUUCUCCUCCUUGGGACUGGACAGGCUUAGGGGUUUGCCCCUGUUGUCUCCAUUGACGGACCUGCCCCUGCUAUCUGCACUGCAGGGAAAGAAGGCACCCCACUGUAGGGAGCCUUGUCUACAGGGGACUCCUGGGAGCCCUCCAUGUCUGAUCCCCCUCCACGGUCCCCUUGGCCCUCGGGGGCCCGGUUCGUGUCUUCUUCCUCAAAUCCCUGACACUGCUGGCCCCUACUGUCUCUACCGCUACAGCUUCCCCAUAAACCCCCAUCUCACUGCUCUUUCUCGCCAUGCCCAACUCGCCGAGGACACCACGGACUGUCUGCUGCGCCAGUCGUCGUGGCACUCGACCACCAACCACUGCCUCUGACAGCUCAACCGCGCUUCCAGGCCCCAGCCCCUUUAACUUGCUCACGCAAAAAAAAAAAAAAAAAAAAAAAAAAAAGCAAAAAAAAAACAAUAAAGAGGACUGAUUCUGGACAAAUU